CGCUUCAGUCGGGCUGGGAGCUGCCGGGCUGCGCUCCGAGCGCCGCGCGUGGAGCCCCCCCGGGGCAGGCCAGCCUCGACGGAGCCCGCCGCGCCCCGCUCUCCAUGGGACUGAGCGCGGCGGAGGCUCCGCGCUCGGGCGGCGGAGGCUGAGCGCGCCCCGCGGGGGCGCCGGGCAUGGCCGUGGGCGGGCGGGGGCCGAGCCGUAGCCGCGGGCACAGCGCCCUCGCGGGGGGCGCCGCCGCGGCCAUGGAGCGCCGCUGAUCGCCGCCGCCGCCGGGAGACAAUGGCUCUGCACAAACUCUGCUCGGUGCUGGAAGUGUUGCUUGUAACAAUCCUGGUAGUGGAAGGCAUUGCCGUCGCACAGAAGACACAAGGUGGGCAAAAUAUUGGAGUGAAUCGCAUUCCUCCCACUCCGUGUGACAACUGGGUCCGGACCAGUAAUGGAGGACAUUUUGCUUCACCCAACUACCCAAACAUGUACCCACCCAAUCAAGAGUGCAUCUAUAUCUUAGAAGCUGCUCCACGACAAAGAAUUGAGUUGACCUUUGAUGAACCUUAUUACAUAGAACCCUCAUUUGAAUGUCGGUUUGAUCACCUGGAGGUUCGAGAUGGACCUUUUGGGUUCUCCCCUCUCAUUAAUCGUUACUGUGGUCUGAAAAGUCCUGCGCUAAUUAGAUCAACAGGGAGAUUUAUGUGGAUCAAGUUUAUUUCUGAUGAGGAGCUGGAAGGAAAGGGAUUUCAAGCAAAGUACUCAUUUAUACCAGAUCCUGACUUCACUUACCUAGGAGGUAUUUUAAAUCCCAUCCCAGACUGCCAAUUUGAGCUCUCAGGAGCUGAUGGAAUAGUACGUUCCAGUCAAGUAGAACAAGAAGGAAAAACAAAACCAGGACAAGCAGUUGACUGUAUCUGGACAAUUAAAGCCACUCCAAAUGCUAAGAUCUACAUGCGAUUCCUGGACUAUCAAAUGGAGCAUUCCAAUGAAUGCAAAAGGAACUUUGUUGCUGUGUAUGAUGGGAGCAGUUCCAUCGAGAACCUGAAGGCCAAGUUCUGCAGCACGGUGGCCAACGAUGUGACGCUGCAGACGGGCACGGGGGUGGUGCGCAUGUGGGCAGACGAAGGCAGCAGACUGAGCCGCUUCAGAAUGCUCUUCACUUCCUUUGUGGAUCCUCCCUGCUCAGGCAACACUUACUUCUGCCAUAGCAACAUGUGCAUCAAUAAUUCUUUAGUCUGCAAUGGCAUUCAGAACUGUGCAUACCCUUGGGAUGAGAACCACUGCAGAGAAAAGAAAAGAACUGGAUUGUUUGAACAAAUCACCAAAACCCAUGGGACAAUCAUUGGCAUCACAACAGGGGUAGUUUUAGUUCUUCUCAUCAUUUCAAUUCUAGUGCAAGUAAAGCAACCUCGCAAAAAAGUUAUGGCUUGCAAGACUGCCUUCAAUAAAACUGGUUUCCAGGAAGUUUUUGAUCCUCCUCACUAUGAACUGUUCUCACUAAGGGACAAAGAAAUUUCUGCAGAUUUGGCAGAUUUAUCAGAGGAACUUGAAAACUAUCAGAAACUGCGCCGCCCUUCGACAGCUUCCAGAUGCAUUCACGACCACCACUGUGGCUCCCAGGCCUCCAGUAUGAAACAGAGCAGGACCAACCUGAGCUCCAUGGAACUGCCCUUCCGCAAUGACUUUGCGCAGCCCCAGCCCAUGAAAACAUUUAACAGCACAUUCAAGAAAAGCACUUAUACUUUCAAGCAAGCUCACGACUGCCCCGAGCAGGUGAUAGAAGACAGAGUGAUGGAGGAGAUCCCAUGUGAAAUUUAUGUCAGAGGAAGGGAAGAUACAGCACAAGGUUCAUUAUCUAUUGACUUUUAACUUCCUGCUGAAGGUGGUAUCAGUGUAUAUGCAAAAUGCACAUGUACGAUGACAGUGUAUAAAUUAAGAGUGUACCAUACGCAGCGUGUGAGAUGCACACACUUUUAGCUUAUUAUACUUCAUUCCAAAAAACAAAACCAGUCUUCAUAAUUAAUUCUUGCUGAAAAAGUGGUGGAUUUCCUCCAAUCUUCCCAAGCUACCUAUCUAGUGGAGGAGAAAGACAAAGACUUUGCAUGGAAGUUAUAAGAUAGGAUGGUGGAAGAAAAAACCCGACAACUACUAAUCGUUGAACACUGAAAGCAAUGACUACUAUUCUCUUCAUACCAUUUACUCUUCUUUAGAUGUCUGCUUUUCAAGACAAUUUUAAUACCUCACUUGCAUAAAUAAAAGUAGUUAAGUGCA